CGAACGAAGGCAUUCGAAGCAUCGAAAAAAACCCGGUCAGUCGAUUCUCCCAACCAACAGAGCACUCGAAGACGAAAAUUCAGCCGUUGAAUCGGACUUAGGAGAUCGCUCGGCUAAGAAUUUCAGUGGCAUUGAAGAAAAGAAAAAAAAAACAAAGGAGAUAUCCUGUUUUCCCUUUUACGUCCGUACGGCUGUGGAGCUUGAAUUUUUUGCUUUUCGUUUGAUUGAAUCUCUUCUAUAAAGAUCAAGAGAGAUGAAAGAGAGUAAAGGUCGAAUCAGGGGAGAUAGAACUGGCGCAGGCAUUCCUUCUUCAAAGGCUUCGUCUGUUAGCUCCCUUCCACUUAUUUUGGACAUAGACGACUUUAAGGGUGAUUUUUCUUUUGAUGCAUUAUUUGGGAACUUGGUAAACGAGCUACUUCCAUCAUUCAGAGAAGAGGAUGCGGAUUCCUCAGAGGGUGGACAUGAUAUUUCAUCAAAUGGACAUCAACGAGUUCCAUCUGAUAUGACAAAAUUAGCCAAGGGAGCCUCUACUCCACUAUUUCCAGAAGUAGAUGCUCUCCUGUCUCUGUUCAAGGAUUCUUGCAGAGAGUUAGUUGAUCUUCGACAGCAGAUUGAUGCAAAACUUGACAAUCUCAAGAAGGAGGUCUCUAUCCAAGAUUCAAAGCACCAUAAGACACUUUCUGAGCUUGAAAAAGGUGUAGAUGGGUUAUUUGAUAGUUUUGCUAGGCUGGAUUCACGUAUCUCCAGCGUGGGACAGACUGCUGCCAAAAUUGGAGAUCAUCUGCAGAGCGCUGAUUCUCAGAGAGAAACUGCAAGUCAAACUAUAGAACUUAUAAAGUACUUGAUGGAGUUCAAUAGCAGUCCAGGUGACCUAAUGGAACUUUCACCCCUGUUUUCUGAUGACAGUCGUGUUGCUGAGGCUGCUUCAGUUGCACAGAAAUUGCGGGCAUUUGCUGAGGAGGACAUUGGAAGGCAUGGCAUGCCUGUGCCGUCUGGUAUGGGAAAUGCAAAUCCAAGCAGGGGUUUGGAAGUUGCAGUCUCUAAUCUCCAAGACUAUUGCAAUGAACUGGAGAAUAGAUUACUGGCUCGGUUUGACGCAGCCUCACAGAGACGAGAAUUAUCAACAAUGGGAGAAUGUGCUAAAAUAUUGUCACAGUUUAACAGGGGUACUAGUGCCAUGCAACAUUAUGUGGCUUCUCGGCCAAUGUUUAUUGAUGUGGAAGUGAUGAAUGCGGACACCAGGUUGGUUCUUGGUGAUCAGGGAUUGCAAGCUGGCCCUAGUAAUGUUGCACGUGGUCUUUCUGCACUGUACAAAGAAAUCACAGAGACUGUGCGGAAAGAAGCUGCCACCAUUAUGGCUGUAUUCCCUUCUCCUAAUGAUGUGAUGUCCAUCCUAGUGCAGCGAGUUUUAGAGCAGAGAGUAACAGCCAUUCUAGACAAGCUAUUGGAGAAACCAUCCCUUGUGAACUUACCUCCUGUUGAUGAAGGUGGACUUCUACAAUAUCUUAGAAUUCUAGCAGUGGCAUAUGAAAAGACACAGGAACUUGCUAAAGAGUUGAGGUCUGUGGGGUGUGGUGACUUGGAUGUUGAAGGCCUCACUGAGUCGCUGUUUCUUGUUCACAAAGAUGAGUAUACUGAAUAUGAGCAGGCAUCUCUUAGACAACUCUAUCAGGCGAAGAUGGAAGAGUUGCGUGCUGAAGUGCUGCAACAGCCCGACACAACAGGAACACUCUCACGUUCAAAAGCAGCUUCACUUCCACCUUCAUACCAGCAGAUAUCUGUUACUGUGGUGACAGAGUUUGUGCGCUGGAAUGAGGAGGCAAUUUCUAGGUGCACAUUGUUUUCUUCCCAGCCUACUACUCUUGCAGCUUGUGUGAAAUCAGUGUUCACUUGCUUGCUUGAUGAAGUAAGUCAAUAUAUAACGGAUGGUCUUGAGCGAGCUAGAGAGAGUCUAAAUGAAGCUGCAGCUUUGAGGGAGAGAUUUGUGAUUGGCACAAGUGUCAGUAGAAGGGUUGCUGCUGCAGCUGCCUCUGCUGCGGAGGCUGCUGCCGCUGCUGGUGAAAGCAGUUUCAGAUCUUUCAUGGUGGCCGUGCAACGUUGUUCCAGCAGUGUGGCAAUCGUCCAACAAUACUUUACAAACUCCAUUUCUCGGCUUUUACUGCCUGUGGAUGGUGCACAUGCUGCUUCAUGUGAAGAAAUGUCAACAGCUUUGUCCACUGCAGAGGCUGCUGCUUUUAAGGGGCUUCAACAAUGCAUUGACACUGUUAUGGCUGAGGUGGAGCGACUGUUGUCUGCAGAACAAAAAGCAACCGACUAUCGGUCACCUGAUGAUGGAAAUGCUCCCGAUCACCGACCAACAACUGCAUGCACAAGAGUUGUUGCAUACCUCUCCCGUGUACUUGAUGCUGCAUUCACUGCUCUGGAAGGUCAAAAUAAACAGGCUUUCCUGACUGAACUGGGAAACCGCUUGCAUAAGGGGCUCCUUAAUCAUUGGCAGAAGUUCACCUUCAGUGCCAGGCCAUAUGUUGAUUCUCCAUUGUUUAACAUCCCACAUGUACACUCUUUUGGGCUGAAGCAUAGUAUUGGGCACUUCUCUAGAAAAUAGUGUAAAAUCGGUACCCAUGAAAGAUAGUUGUAUGCUGAAAGUGGUUGUUAGGUGCAUUCCAUUCUUCUCAUUACUCUUAUCACUUCCAUCAUUUGUAAAUAUCCAUCCACUACAAACUAGGAUUUAUGGGUGUUGUGUUAAGCUGUAUGACAUUCUGUCAUAGGGGCUUUGCUAAGUGCGUAUGCAUGUGCAAUGAAGCUUAUGUACAUACCACACUAGUGCCAACAUGACACAAUAUGUCCUAGAUCGAGUCCAUCCAUCCGAAAGCAACUGCUAUAUUGAUACCUAGCCCAAGAAUCAGGUUGAUCAACUGGUUAGAUGGGCCACAGUUUGCAAAACAACUGUGUAGCUUUGAAAAACUUGGCAGAAGUCUUCUAAUCCAUCCACCUGCUUCCAGUAUUAGAGCCCCCAAGCUGAGUGGAUCAGAUUUAUUUUUCGGGAAAAUAUGUAGAAGGUUGGACCAACCUGAUUGAUGAUCGGAUCCCACACCUAUGUGCCACGCUGGCACAUGUGGCGUGUACAUGAACUUCAUUGCACAUGCAUUUGUGCUUAGCAAAGCUGCUGUCUAGUCUUUAUGUUUUCUAGACUGUAGUAUCAAAGUAUGAGAUUUACGAGUGAGUGAGACAAAACCUGCC